UAGUUUCUCCAAUUUUAUAAAACGAACAAUGACACAACUUUGAAGCAGUGGCGGAACCACAUAGAGCCGAGGGUGUUCAUCCGAACCCCCUCGGGAGAAAAAAACACUGUUUUUACAAGGUUAAAAUUAUUUUUUAUGUAUAUAUAUUAGACUUUGAACCCCCUUAAGCUUCUUCGUAUUUUUACAUUUUUAUAUUUUGAACCCCAUCGGCAAAAAUCUUGGCUCCACCACUGCUUUGAAGGCUGCAAAAACUCAGGCAAAUGACAGUUUGUAGCUAACGACUUGUAAGUCUUCGCUCUAUACAUUUUCCAUGUGUUGUUAAAUUCUGCUUCUUUUGUCAAAUAUGGAACAAUACAUUGCAUAUAUAAGGGUCAUCUUUACACCACAUCUGCUUACAUAUUGUGGUUGUCCUUUUUGUUGUAUAUUUUUGACGAACAACAACUUUUUGAAAGAACGUUUUUUUCGCUUAUAGUGUUUGGUGGCUUCUCCAUUCUAAGUAAAUGAGAUUGGUCUUUCUUCUCUUUUAAGCGGUCCUUUGAGGUUACACGUUGUGCCACUCUAGAUUGAGUAAGACUGUAAGAGUAAUGAGCACUAAGGCAACUGUGAAUACCCCAAUAAUAAUUGGCAUAUAUAGACCUUGGCUUGGUCAUUAUUUGAUCUAGGGCCUGGGUUAAUGAUCAUUUUUACUGACACUUAAUGAAGAGGAGUUCUUCAAUGGGUUGAAGAGAUGAUGAUUGUUGUGGGGUGGCUGAAAUAAUGGGUUUUUUUGUGGAGAUUCUUUGGAUUGUGAUGAUGGAUUUUAAAAAGGUUAAUUUAGUGGGAUGUGAAGUGAAGAGAGGGUGUGGAAUUUUGGUGGAAAUAAACAUGGAUUGAAGAAAGGGAAGGAGGAAAAUUGGUGAGUUUGAUGAUGAAUUUAGUUGCUGCUGUAGAGAGGAAAGGCAGAUUCGAGAGAAGAGACAGCCAAGAGAUUGAAAAAGGUAUCUGACAAGGUGAAGAGGCAACCCCUGUCCCCACCCUAGUAGAAACUAUUUUACUUGUCCACAAUAAUUGUUUUCUUGAUUUUUUAGUCUAAGUAAAUUUUAUUUCAAAUUGGAAGAUCAAUUUGAAACCCCCAAACAAAGCCCUUUUUACCUCAACAAACAUGGCCACUAUCACCGCCAGGUCCCUCCUCCGUUCUGCCACUACUUCCGGCCGUACAGCCGCCGGAAGACUCGCCGGCGGCACCAAGCCAAAGGCCUCUUCAUCUCCCUUUCGUAUCCCUUCGCAGAAACCACUCACUGCUCGCAUUUUCAGAUCACCUGUUGAAAUGAGUUGUAUAAGAGUGGAAACGAUGUUUCCAUAUCACACUGCUACUGCCUCUGCAUUGCUGAAUUCGAUGUUAUCUGCCACUCCUCGAAGCUAUGGUUGGAAUCUUGAAGAGAUCCUGGGGGUACAAUGUUAGUUCUGAUGCAGCAAAUAUAAUUAGGAGAAGCUCCAGGAUGAGAAUGAAAAACAUACGACUUGGUGACUACAUUGUGGAUAAAGGCUAAUAGCAGUUUUGUGGUUUACACGUGAGAAGUGAACAUUAGCAGUUAUAAAAAAGAGCACUCACGUACUCAGUUAGGCAUCAUGGAAGUUGUGGACUCUCUAAUUUUUUUUUUUUUUUUGACAAGGGGACUCUCUACUUGUUCUCAUCUCCUUUCUGCACUUUUCUAUUCCUCUCAUUUCUUCUUGUUGUUUGUCUAUGUUAACUUCCUAUUAAUUGCAUUCUAGUUGUUUCAUUCUAAGUUGCGCGGACUCUUCACUUUCAAUGCGCACCCAUGUCGGAUUCUCCAAAAAUACAUUACUUUUGGAGAAUUUGACACGCACCCGUUGACAUUUUUUAAGAGUCCGAGCAACAUAGGUUUCAUUGAACAAUCUCAAGUUGUAAUCUUUCUUUAUUGUUUAAUUUACAUACUCAGUUAGUUAGUAAUUCAAUAUCGUGUGUUUGAAUCGUAGCAACUACUACAUGAAUGAUUUAUCAAUGUAUUUAGAUAGUUUUUGAGUAACUAUCAAUGUAUACAGAUAGAUACUUGACUUUGGUCGACGUAAUUUAAUUCACCAAUAUAUUGUGUACACAACUAAUCAUUCAUCCAAGUACAUAAAUGAAGUUCUUUAUAAAUACGAGUAUGUGACUAUGAAGGUCAAAAUUUGCUAAUACUGUACCUAGCAAAACUUGUUAACAUGAUAUUUGACAUUAGAUUAAUGUGUUUCCAAUGGAAUUAAUCAUGUUCAUAUGGUUGUUUCUGGGGCAGGAUGCAUUUUAUUUGUCAAUAUUAAGAAUAGUGUGACCUUUGUCUUUUAUAAGACCUUUGUCAGACUUUUUGUUUUGUUGCCUUUUCUGUUAUGUCCUUCUAGUCUACAACGUAAACUCCUAUAGUUGAAAUUCUUCCAAUAAAACUCUCAGUCAGAACUCUUUAAAUGCUUAUAGGUUCAGUUUACAGAAAGAGUGAUAUGUUCUUAUCCAAGAUAUCAAUAUAUAUUGACAUGUCGUUGAGCCUUGAAAUACGCAAUUGAUGUAUUUGUUAUGCCUGUCUGAAUGUAGAUUAAUGUAGAAAUACGUGUUUC